AAAAACCAAACGAAUCUGAAAAGAUCAUAACAAAACUCAAAAGAUUCUUCUCCAACCACGUAUUUCAUCAAGGAAACAUGAAGAUAGGAGUGGUUUUAGUGUUGCUUACAGUUUUCGUGGUUGUGAUGUCUUCUACAAGCGUCUCUGCUCAGUCGGACGAGGACGAGUGCUUGAAAGAGACAGGGCAGAUGCAGUUGAAUUGUUUCCCCUACCUAACUGAUAAUCGUAUCCAUACUCCUAGUUUCGCGUGUUGUUCUGAGGUGUAUACAGUAGGCAAGACAUAUGUUGACUGCUUUUGUCAAUUCAUCAACAAUGGAGGCCCUAGCUUCGGUAUCGUUGUUUCCCAAAAACUUCUUGAUCUGCCAGAGCUUUGUGGCGUUUAUGGUGCCUGUGGCAACGAGUGGAGGUUCUAAUCUCGGUAUCAUCAAUGUUAACCAAACACAAGUUCUUCGUCUGCCAGUAAUUUGUUUUGGAAAUUGAUUGAAAAAUGUACCAGUAAGGUGAUGGAGUUGCAGGAGAUGCAUAACGGGUUUAGGAGGACAUCUAACCGAGCGUGUGUCACAAUAUAUUGUGUUGAACGAGUCUUUGUUUCAGUUGUGUCAAUAAUGUGGUCUUCAUUGUGUUAAGGAGCCAGCUUUCUCACUUUCUCAUUCCUGG